CAUAUCUCCUAUCCCCAAAUGGUUGCUAAAACUUCAGUACUUUACUUGCCAAAAUUGGCAAAUUAGCAAAACAAAACAAAAUGUAAAACAAACAAAAAAAGCCUCAACCUUAUCACUCUAGAUUCCAUUUCUUCUUGGUUUUGAUUUCCUCUUGCUUUUGACCUUUUGGGAUUUCCCUUGCUUCAGAAGGAAGUCUUAGGAUUAGUCUUUUGGAAAAUGGAAGGCCAAAAAUCUUACAGGUCACUUCUGCUUGUUGCAUUCCCACAUACCUCCCCUGAGGCCACCAGGACAGAUUUGGCUGCCUGCUUGGUUGGAGAAAGGGCAAAAUACAGGGAAACAAAAUAGAAACUGAUUUUCCAACAUAGAAUCCAUCCACACAGGUAGCAGUCUUGGCUACAGUCAGUUAUCAGGUGAGGUCAUUCUUGUGCUUACUGAAAAAGAUUAUUUUCUUCUUCUCAUUGUACUGCAGCAAAGCCUUCUAGACAAGCUCAGUGGAAUCUGAAGGGCCCAUCCCAUGGAGGAAUGCUGGGUGACAGAGAUAGCCAAUGGCUCCAAGAAUGGCUUGGAUUUCAACCCUAUGAAGGAUUACAUGAUCCUGAGUGGUCCCCAGAAAAUAGCUGUUGCCGUGUUGUGCACUCUUCUGGGCCUGCUAAGUGCCCUGGAGAACGUGACUGUACUCUGUCUGAUCCUGUCCUCCCACCGGCUCCGCCAGAAGCCCUCAUACCUGUUCAUUGGCAGCUUGGCUGGAGCCGACUUCCUGGCCAGUGUGGUCUUUGCAUGCAGCUUUGUGAAUUUUCAUGUUUUCCAUGGUAUGGAUUCCAAGGCUGUCUUCCUGCUGAAGAUUGGCAGCGUGACCAUGACCUUCACAGCCUCUGUGGGUAGCCUGCUGCUGACCGCCAUUGACCGAUACCUCUGCCUGCGCUACCCACCCUCCUACAAAGCUCUGCUCACCCGCGGGAGGGCACUGGUGACCCUGGGCAUCAUGUGGGUCCUCUCAGCACUGGUCUCCUACCUGCCGCUCAUGGGAUGGACUUGCUGUCCCAGGCCCUGCUCGGAGCUUUUCCCACUGAUCCCCAAUGACUACCUGCUGGGCUGGCUCCUGUUCAUCGCCUUCCUCUUUUCCGGAAUCAUCUACACCUAUGGGCAUGUUCUCUGGAAAGCCCAUCAGCAUGUAGCCAGUUUGUCUGGGCACCAGGACAGGCAGAUGCCAGGAAUGGCCCGAAUGAGGCUGGACGUGAGGUUGGCCAAGACCCUGGGGCUGGUGCUGGCUGUGCUCCUCAUCUGUUGGUUCCCAGUGCUGGCCCUCAUGGUCCACAGCCUGGCCACUACACUCAGCGACCAGGUCAAGAAGGCCUUUGCCUUCUGCUCCAUGCUGUGCCUCGUCAACUCCAUGGUCAACCCUGUCAUCUAUGCUCUGCGGAGUGGGGAGAUCCGCUCCUCUGCCCAUCACUGCCUGGCUCGCUGGAGGAAGUGUGUGAGGGGCCUUGGGUCAGAGGCAAAAGAAGAAGCCCCGAGGUCCUCAGUCACCGAGACAGAGGCUGAUGGGAAAAUCACUCCGUGGCCAGAUUCCAGAGAUCUAGACCACUCCAGUUGCUGAUGAGGCCUCUUCCCAAUUUAAACAACUCAAGUCAGAAAUCAAUUCACUCCCUGGAGGAGAGAGAGGGGUCUUGGCACUCUCUUCUUACUUGAACCAGCCCCAGACACCUAGACACGGACCCGUUUUUGCUGAUGAGUAUUGGAACUGACUCCUGGAAGGCAGCCUGGCCUUGCCCACCUGCACACAGUCUGUUGGAUAGGUAGGGCCCACGAGGAGUAGCCAGGUGGGCGAGAUGCGAAGGGCCUGGGACAGGCUCAGUACAAGUCAAGUCAGGCUUUGUGCCUGCAUCCUCCAGAGACCACAGGAGCCAGAGGGAGCCUCCAGGCCCAGCAAAGAGGGACUUGGGAGAAAUCUGAGAAGAAUGGGUUGUUCUCUUGGGAAGUCAGGGUAUCAGAUGGGAUGGACAUCCAGGUCUUCUCCCUGCCUAAUUGUCAAGGCCUUCUUGGCUCUGGAGCUAUGAAAGGCCCCAACUUUCAGGUCACCCUUGCCACUGAGGACCGAGAACUAUGCUAUGAUAAGGAUUAAGAGUGUUGACUUGCCUCUUUCAAAGAUAAAUGACAAGCCUUCAGUUUGGGGCAUCCUGCUGUUUGGGCGAGGACCCUCUCUGAUAUUCUAAUAAUCCCCACCUGUAACCUCAGGUCCCUGGAAAUACAGAGGAGGCUGGGAUCGCUUGAGACACAAAAAUCUUCAGAGAAUUUUCUUGACCCUCUGAAGUCCUUCCAGCAGCAGUCCUGGUGGUGCUGCUGGAAACAGGCAAUGUCCUGGUCUAACCUAACUCUAA